ACGUCAUUCACAGCAUCAACCUUCUCCCCUCCUAAACCUCAAACCAGCUCGACCCCCCCUCUAUCUCCGACCCCCAACCAGCAACGCAUCGCCAAUCGACUCGCCUCGGCCGCAGCUGCGCUUUUCGACCAUGGACACAAAUAUGGAAGACGUCGGGAGGGUACCGGCCGACGUGUCGCCAGUGCAGACGGAGCCUGCGACCAGAUCCACGCUGGAACAGUGGAUUGAGAAUCUGAUGAACUGCAAACAGCUGUCCGAGGCCGACGUCCAGAGGCUGUGCGACAUGGGUCGAGAGGUUGUUCAGGAGGAAUCAAACGUCCAGCCAGUGAAAUGCCCCGUCACGGUCUGUGGCGAUAUCCACGGCCAGUUCCACGACCUGAUGGAGCUGUUCAAGAUUGGCGGCCCCAGUCCCGACACCAACUAUCUCUUCAUGGGUGACUACGUCGACAGAGGAUACUACUCAGUCGAGACCGUAUCGCUCCUCGUCGCCCUCAAGAUCCGCUACCCCCAACGCAUCACCAUCCUGCGAGGCAACCACGAGUCGCGCCAGAUCACACAAGUCUACGGCUUCUACGACGAAUGCCUCCGCAAAUACGGCAACGCCAAUGUGUGGAAGAUUUUCACCGACUUCUUCGACUACCUCCCCCUGACCGCCCUGAUUGAGAACCAGAUUUUCUGCCUCCACGGCGGCCUGUCCCCCAGCAUCGACACAUUAGAUAACAUCAGGGCCCUCGACCGUGUCCAGGAAGUCCCCCACGAAGGUCCCAUGUGCGAUCUCCUAUGGUCUGACCCCGACGACCGCUGCGGCUGGGGCAUCUCUCCCCGCGGUGCGGGGUACACGUUUGGCCAGGACAUUUCAGAGGCUUUCAAUCACAACAACGGCUUGACAUUGGUGGCACGAGCGCAUCAGCUUGUCAUGGAAGGGUACAACUGGUCCCAGGACCGGAACGUGGUGACAAUCUUUUCAGCACCGAAUUACUGUUACCGAUGUGGUAACCAAGCUGCCAUAAUGGAGAUUGACGAGCACCUGAAAUAUACCUUCCUGCAAUUUGAUCCGUGCCCGAGAGCCGGAGAGCCAAUGGUCUCUAGACGAACCCCCGACUACUUCCUCUAAUCUAGUACCGACGUUCUUCAUUCAAACGAGUUAUUGCUGUAAAGGGCUUUUUGCAAGAGGG